CCCGACCGUACUCCAACCACUCGUCCACGACACUCACUACCACCGACCAGCGAAAACUGUUCCUCUGCACCUUCUCACUCGCCGCCAAUGUCCGCACCGCAAGAGGACGCCGCUACAGUCCUCGAAAACUUCGUCAGCGAUGCCUCCAACUUCCCCGCCGAAGUAAUCCACAUCUACGAGGAGAUCAUCGCGCGCGACCGGCUGCUGAACGAGCAGCGCGUGAGCUACCUAUCGCGCGACGCGUCGCUACAAAAGCACAUCCGGCUGCACGGCUCGCACUCGGAGAAUACCAAGGAAGCGCAGUACGUCGAGGCGAUCCGGAAAGCGCACCGCCGCGUCCUCGAGCUCCAGGAGGAGAAGAUCCACCUCGCCCAGAAGGCGCUCGACCUCAUCGAUAAGCAUAAGCGCAGGCUCGACGGAGGGAUCGCGAAUCUCGUGCGCGAUGGUUCCAUGCCAGCCGAUGCAUUGACCCCCGCCCCGCCGCCAAGUAAUCUCCCCGCCGCGAGUCAGCAUGUGGGUGGGCGGGGCGCGGGAGGGAUAGGGAGGGCGAGUCCCGGGCUCGGAAUGUCGAGGUCGUUCGCGCAGGAUAGGGGCGGCACGCCGGCUACGCCGGGACUGCAGGCGGGUGGGAAUAAGAGGCUGAAGUUGGGACAUCAAGGCACACCGUCACUGUCGGCGUUGGCGGGGCGACCGGCGACUCCCGGGAUUAAGAACGAGAGCAGUCGCGCUGGUACCCCGUCUGGCCACAGUGGGACGAGAAAGACGGGGCGGAAGAAACCGCCGGUGAAGAAGGUUAUCGAUGAGGAUGGCGAUGACGACGAUGACGACGAGGAUGAGGACGGCGGUGAGGGCGAGGACAAAAAGCUGUACUGUCUCUGCCAGCAGGUCAGCUACGGCAGCAUGGUAGGAUGCGACGACAAGGAGUGUCCCUACGAAUGGUUCCAUUGGGGCUGCGUGCACCUCACCGAGGAGCCCAAAGGAAAGUGGUUCUGUCCGAAUUGCUCGGCCAAGAGGGAGAAGACGAAGACGAGGUAGCGCUACAACCUACCAAUUACUUGCUUCAAGUUUCGGAUUGCUUUGGGUUUGCGUUGUAUGUCUUAUAUCCGGGUUUGCGAUGGUUUGGAGUUGUUUUCUGCGCUGGGGCCCUUUUUUUUUACUUUUUUUUUUACUUUUUUUUUACCUGUACUUAAUGCAUUUUUUCUUUUCUUUUCGGGUCUAAAUGUAUUUACGCACGAAUUGAGGCCGCUUGUG